UGUGUCCAUGCCUGUGCGCCCUGCGGGGGGAAUGUGCAGCCUCCAUCCGUCCGCCAGAAGCCCCCACGCUGCUCCUGCGGUCCUCCGUGUGGCCCUGUGACUUCACAGGGGUGUGGAGGUGCUGACAACCUGAACGUGGAGGGUGGGACGGUUGCCUUUACAGCUCAGGUUUAAACCAUGGCCAAUGAACCGGUCAUCCUUAAUGUGUAUGAUAUGUACUGGAUAAACGAAUACACUUCCAAUCUGGGCAUUGGAGUCUUCCACUCAGGCAUUGAGAUUUACGGCAGAGAAUUUGCAUACGGGGGACAUCCUUAUCCUUUCAGUGGCAUCUUUGAAAUAAACCCUGGAAAUGCUGCUGAGCUGGGAGAGACGUUCAAGUUCAAGGAAGCCAUUGUUUUGGGCACCACAGACUUUACAGAGGAGGACAUAGAUAAAAUCAUGGAGGAGCUUGGAAAAGAAUUUAAAGGCAAUGCCUAUCACCUAAUGCACAAAAACUGCAACCACUUCUCCUCCUCACUGUCUGAGUUGCUGUGUGGACGGGAAAUCCCUCGCUGGGUUAACAGACUGGCGUACUUCAGCUCCUGCAUUCCCUUCCUGCAGAGCUGCCUGCCUAAGGAGUGGUUAACGCCGGCCGCCCUGCAGAGCCACAUCAGCCUAGGCCUCCACAAAGAAGAGCAGAACGAAUCCAGCGAUGAGGACCCUUCGUCCCCGUCCGGCGCCGCCGCCACGGGCUCCUCCCACAGCUGUCGCCACACGAGGGUGUGAACUGCACCCCGCGAACUCUGACCUCUGGGCCUUCUGCCAUUGCUGCUUGUGGCUGAAGUGGCGUCAGUAGGCUUGAACAACCACCUGACCUCAUACUGUUCGUCCUCUGAGUAAAGAGGCAGGAAAUAGAGUGCUGCUGCCAGAGACUUCCGACCUCCAGUGGCUCUGUCGGUCCCUCCUUCAGGUGACGGGAUGACAAACUCUGAUCCGAGCACUGAAGCAUGUCUCUGACUCGACAACAAACCACCUGCAGAUCAGAAGUUUGUUUAUUAUUAGUCUUUUCCAUGAACUUUGAAACCUUUGUCAGCCUUGUUCCCUGCCCUGCCUUCAGAGCUGCUUUUGUAGAGUAGAUAGACACCUGAGACUACUGAUAGUGAAAAUACCAGGAAGAUGCUAAUCUGCUCAGUUUUAACAAGUUCUCGUUCAAUAACCUCUAUGUGGCCUUCAGUUGAUAUUGUUGACUCUGCUUUCUCUUUGUGGAUUUCAGUGAUUUCCUUUGGCCAUUUUAGAGGGUUAUUUCAGGGGGUUAUAGAGGAUUUGAUUGCUCCUCGUGCUCAGAGUUGGACGAUACAAAUGUUGCAUGUUGAGAGAACCUGACAAAACUUAACCAAGGCGCCACAUACAGUACGUAUCAUAUAAAAAAACUGUUUCCUCUCCCUUUUCUUUUGUACAAGAAUUCUAAAAACUGGCCGUUCCCUGCCAGUAUAUCCCAGAUGUACACAAUCGAGGGCAAAUACUGUUCAGUUAAAACAACCCAGCAGUGCAGUCACUAUCUGUGAACACCUCAGAGACACAUAAAGUCUAGCUGCUACAUUCACACUGACUUUUGACCCAGUACAAGUUUUGUCUACUCUUUUAUAUCCAAAUGAUCUUUAUAUUACAGCCAUGGGAUAACUUCUAAGAUAAUGGGAGUAUAUAUUUACACCCAGUUGUUAAUCUUGGGUGGUACUAGUCUAUAGGUUAUAAUCUUUUUCAACAUUAAACCAGUAAUGAUGCGCUGCCAUUAGAAAGAAAAGUAGAAAUACAUGUUCCCUCUUAAAUUACAAUUACGCCAUUUAUGUUUGGUUUAUUUCAUGGAUCUGUAGCAUGUUUACAGAUUGAGAACAAACAAAGCUGAGGUUUUUGUUUGCAUUUUGAAGGGAAAAUAUGAUGUCAUUUACAGUCAUUGUGAAUUUAGCAUGACCACAAGUAAAUAACUCCAUCAAAAUUUAUUUUGCUGAUCAGUGGUGGUGGUGAUAUCAUAAUGAUGAUGUCAACAGACCGAGGCUCCGUGUUGUUUUCAUUUUAAUUCAUGUUGCUUGCUUUUUUCGAUGCAAAAACUCAGUAAACCUGGCCAUAUGUAAUUUCAACCUCUUCCCUUAUCCCUCCUGCUGUGUUCUGUUCAUGGACAGCUACCCUUUCUCAGGAAGGAACGUGUAGUAGUGACAGUCAUCUCAUUCCCACUGAACACCUUGAUAAAUGCAGUUAAAAGUGCAAAUUUCUAAUUUUUCUUCUUCAUGUUCUUAAAUAAGCUGUUUCCUUAUUUAUUUUUGAUGUCGUCUUACAUUUCACCAAGUGUAUUGUGUUCAGAUUUUGGUAUAUUUUCAGUUGACAGGGACUGUAAAUUGAUCAGUAUUACAUGCUCAAAGUCUUUGGAACUUUCUACAGAGCAGACAAGUAUGUUUUUCUAUUGUACUGUGUCAACCUUAACCUCGUAUUUCCUUUUCCCAACCCAAGACAGUUCCAAGAAUGAUGAUUAUAGUACUAGAAUAAAGAGAAGGAACAAAGAAA